ACACAACAAACCGAGAACUGUAGCAAGCGAUCCACCAACAAAUCCGUCCGUUUCGAUAAGAUAGAAGCCGUCUAUUCUUCGUCGCAGCGUCGUAGCCCAUUGCCGAGAGCGUGGCCGCGUGCGUCAGUGUGUGCGGAUGGUCACUCUCACCAAUAGUAGGAGAGGAAAAAAAAAAGAAUAACAAAAGGUUCGCAAAAUAAAUACCACCACCAACACAAUUGCAAACCCACACCACGCCAUCAGCUGAUUCGCGGAGGUAAAAAAAGAUUCGGUUUAUCUGUGCGGAUGGAGUGCUAGAGUGCGCUGGAAGUGGGAGUUUCGGUUACGAGCGCACAUUCAUUGUGCAGCCGCUUUGAAAGGCAGAGGGACGUGAUUCGGUGAAGCUUUAACCUACUACACCGUGCCGAAAGGGUCUUCACAUUUUUCCAUACUUCAGUCGCUGUUCGGAAAUGUUGUCAAAGCUUGUCGCCGAGUUCGGCGAGCUGUCGGCGUCGCAAAAGGCGCUGCUGGUGGCGGCCGGUGUCGGCGGCGUGGCGCUCCUGUCCGCCGGCGGCUUUCUGGUGAAGCGGCACAUCGACAACACACCGCCGAAGCAGUGGCGCAAGGCGGGCGAGCUGACCGAGCUGUACAUCUACCCGGUCAAGUCGUGUGCGCCGAUCGUGCUGCAGCGGGCGGACUGUGCCGAUCUGGGGCCGCAGCGGAACCUGCUGCGCGACCGCACCUUCAUGGUGACCAACGCCGACGGCAAGUUCGUGACGGCGCGCAUGAAGCCGAAGAUGGUGCUGGUGCAGCCACGGUUCGACGAGCGGUUCGAAACCAUGUACCUGACCGCGCCCGGCAUGCCCGAGCUGCGGAUCGAGGUGGGCGCGCUGGGCGCGGCCGACUCGACGCGCAGCACGGUCUGGGGCGAAACCGUCCCCACGGUCGACUGUGGCAGCGAGGCGGCCCGGUGGUUUUCCCGCUACCUGCUCGACAAGGAGGACGGCUACCGGCUGCGCUACUAUCCGCUGAAGUAUACGAGCCGCCGGCGGCACGGCGGCGACACCGGCUCGCUGCAGGACGAAACGAGCUACAUGCUGUUCAACGAGGCGAGCGUCACCGAUCUGAACCGGCGGCUGGAGAACAAGGUGACGGCGCUGCAGUUCCGGCCGAACUUUGUCGUGCGCGGCCCGGAACCGUACGGCGAGGACCGGUGGCGCUGGGUUCGCAUCGGGGACGCCGUGUUCCGGUACGAGAUGCCGUGCCUGCGGUGCAUCUUCACCACGAUCGAUCCGGCGUCCGGCGUGGCCCAUCCGGACAAGGAGCCGCUGCGUACGCUCAAGCAGUACCGCCAGCUGCCAUCGUACGGAGAGUCACCCGCGUUCGGCAUUCAUCUCGGACUGCGCCGUGCCGAAAGGUAA